AUUAUGAAAAGAAUUGCAUUAUUAUUUCCAGGACAGGGCAGCCAGAUUGUUGGUAUGGGAAAGGAUUUGGUUAAAGAUUUCCCAUAUAUUGCACCAUUGUAUAAUCAAACCGAUAAAGUAUUGAAAUAUCCCUUGACAAAUUUAAUGUUUAAUGGACCAUCCGAAGAAUUAAAACAAACCGAUAAUACACAGCCUGCACUAUUAUUACAUUCAUUUUCAAUUUUAAAGAUUAUAGAAAAAGAAUUGGGAUAUUGCGAAAUUAACGAAAGGAGCAAUGACUUUACAGUAUCAAAAGAAUUUAUAAAUAGAUUCGAUUUUAUGUUGGGACAUUCAUUAGGCGAGUAUUCAGCUUUAGCUUCAUCAAAUUCAUUAUCAUUUUAUGAUGCAUUACAGUUAGUUCGACAAAGAGGUCAAUUAAUGAAACAAGCACAGCCUGGUAUAAUGGCAGCACUUUUAAGUAAAAAGAAUAUGUUUGAAUCUGGUUCAUUAGAGGAGCUUAAAAAAAUAUCGAAUCAAUUAUUAUCUGAAAAUAUAAUAUGCAAUAUUUCAAAUAUAAAUUCACCAAAUCAGAUUGUUAUUAGUGGAAGCGAAGAGGGUGUUAAUAAAUUAAUUGAAAUUGGUAAAAAGAAUAAAUUAUUUGUAAAAUCAGUAAAAUUAGAAGUUAGCGCUGCUUUCCAUAGCGAAUUAAUGAAGCCAUGCAGCGAUUCAUUUAAAAUAAUAGUAGAUCAAGUUCAAUUUAAUACACCAGAGACUAAAAUUAUUUCAAAUGUUAAUUGUUUACCUUAUAGUAAUAUCGAUAGAAAUAAUGAAUUAUCAAUACAAUCUCUAUUAUCAAAGCAAUUAUCGAGCACAGUAAAUUGGUCUCCAUCAAUUCAAUAUUGUAUAAAUGAAUGGAAAAAAGAAAAUUUAAAUGAUGAAGAUUUCUGUUUUGUUGAAAUGGGAUCAAAUAAUGUUUUAUCAGAACUAUUAAAACAAAUAUACCCAAAUGCAAAAUCAAAAAGUAUACAAUCUACAAACGAUAUAAAAGAAUUUAUAAAAGAUUUUAAAAAAUAA